GCCCUCCAGGCUGGUGCUAAACACACCCCAUUUCCCAGCCUGCAGCUCCCAGACAUUUCCAGAGCCUGGAGUCCGCCAGCUACAUGUGUGGGUUGUUUUUCUUGUGGCACUUCUGAUCUGCAUAAACAUCAACUCUCAAAAUAGUUCCCUCCUUGCUGCCAUUUAGUUGUUUAAAUCUACCACUGCGUUACUUAACACAGAAAGAAGCCAGUCACCCUGUCUGCCUGAAGCAAAGCCUGCGUUGACCACAGAGUUUCAGAAAUACAGCCAAAAAAGAAGUUAUCAUUUCCCGAGCGCCCUCGAGAACGGCUGUUGUUUACCGGGAAGCAGCCAUCCGCCUUUGCCGAGAAGGAGGGAAGGAAAACUACACCUCCCAGCAGCCUGCCGGAGCCCGUGGAAGGGCAGAGCUCACUGUCACGUUGACAGCGCAGGAUUUGGGUGCUCGUUGGGGCCACGGGCCGUCCUGCCACCAGCCAAAGGGCCUUUUGGGAAGGGCAAGCAGAGGGGUCGGCACUGGUCUCCUCUUGCCACCCGCUCCCCGCUUCACUUCGCCACCUCGACCGGCUCCAAACCUCCAAGUCUGGGUUUAUGGGCAUUUAAUCACAAUUUGCAAGGCCAAGAAGGAAUGGCGUCUGUGAGGGGGGUUGGUCAGCCGCUUGAGCAGCAGCAGGGAGGUGCGUCUCCUUAUGACCGAAGCAGAAAGUGAAACAAAACUGCGCAGAAGCCAGAGCUUCAGGGGAGAAAGAGGAUGGAAAAGAAUCCAGGUGUGGAUCUGUCUGAAGCCAGGCCAGCCCAAGAUAAGGUGGAGAGCACAGCAGCACAUCCUGAGCACCAAGAGACACCCCAACAAACACCUGAGCAUCAAGUGACAAGCAGGUGUCCUGAGACCUCCUGCGAACCAGAGGAGGACUCCUUGGUGAGUAAAUCACCAACUGCUGAUGGGGGAGAGACAACACCGUCAGAUUUAACCAGCCCCACAGUAGAGGAGCAGGUUAACCAGGAAGCCGAAGUAUCACUGGCAGAACCUGGGAAGACAAGAGAUGGCAUCUCGGAAAGAUCCCAGGAAGAAGAUGGCUUGGGUGAAGCCAGGCUGGCCCAUGAUAAAAUGGACAGUGAAGGAGAUAAUCCUGUCCACCAGGAAACACGGGAGGACCAAGACACAAGCAGGCAACGUGAAAGCUCCUACACAGCAGAGGAAGAUGCUUCAUCAAGAAGCGAGUCACUGAGCUCUGACAGUAAAGUGACACAUUCAGAUGUAACUGCAACAGAAGAUGCCACCAAGAACCUCCUGGCAGAGCAGAGCAGCAGUGACCCUCUCCUGGCUCAGGAGCCAGAAGAGCACACAGAGCAAGAAACACAGGAGAGCGGAUCCCGAGGCACCUUAAGGAACAGAUAUGGGACCAGAGGGUACACAGCCCCAAAGCCAGAGGCUCAGUCCUGCUUGCAGAACGUCACCACCCAGAACACAGACCAGGAGAAGGCCAAAAAGCCCCUGUUCUGGACAGGGCUUGUCAUCAGCCUCCUGUUGCUUGGCUACUGCAUAGUCUGCUUCAUCAGCCCAUCCGCCAAGUCCCAGCCAGCCCCCAGGAACCCGGCGGUGGAAGCCUUCCUGUCCCAGUUCAACCAGCUGCAGGACAGGUUUCCAGGGCAGAGUCCUCAGCUGUGGCUCCGGGGGUGCAAGUUCCUGCAGAAGCACCUCAACACAUCCCACCACACGCAGCCGGCCAUCAUCAUCUUCACAGCCGCCCGCAAGGGCAAGCGGACUUUGCAAUGCCUUAGCACCCAUGUGGCCAACACUUACUCGGCCGCCCUGCAUGGCAGCACCGUCCAGAUUGAUGGCACAGAUAAAUCCAGGCUCCAGAGUGACCACGCCAAGCUGGAGGUGGACUCAGAGCUGAGCUCAGCGUUCGAGGCAGAGGGCCGUGCUGCAGUGAUACACCACUUUGAAUUGCUGCCGGCGGGGGCCACCCUCAUCUUCUACAAAUACUGUGACCACGAAAGUGCUGCUUUCAAGGAUGUAGCUCUGCUGCUGACCGUGCUGCUGGAGGAGGAGACCUUGGAGACCCACAUCAGCCUCCCACAGGUGGAAGAGAAGGUCCGUGACUUCCUCUGGGCCAAGUUCACCAACACCAGGACCCCCAGCUCCUACGACCACAUGGAUUCUGACAAACUGAGUGGGCUGUGGAGCCGCAUCUCCCACCUGGUCCUACCCAUUCACCCAGUGCAGACCAUCGAGGAGGAGGGCUGCCACAUCCACACCAAACCCUAGGGACAAAGGCUGACAGGACCCCAGGAAGGGCUGGAAAGAGUCCUGGCUUACUCCAGUGCAGGUGAAGGCACAACCAGUGCUAUUAAUAUUUCUCUUCAAUUUGUUUUACCAAACUUUCCUAGGAAGAGUUUGACAGGUACACGGUGAUCCAGGCCAUUUGGCCAGCUCAUUCUGGAGGUGAUAAAUCACACGCUUCCUGCUGGCAGAUGGGAGUGGAUAUUUUAGUCUGCUAAUUGCACAGGAGAGCAUCACCGUGUGGGGAGGCAGGAGGGAAAACAGGACUUUGCAGGUAGUGUUUCUAUCAGGAAAUACACAAAUAGCAUACACAACUAUUACACCAGAAAGACAGCUCAGUUCAGUAGCUCUUACAUUUCUUGCUGCCCCUCAGUUUGCUAGCAUCACGUACAUCAGUUUCAAUGUAUAACUAGAAGGUUUCUCCCUCUUUGCAGAGAACCGCUGGAAUACGGGAAGGUCAAAUUCCCCAAAGCCCAACAUUUUGAAGGCACGCUUCAGAAAGAAAACCAGUUUGCUAGUCCACGGUUAGCGCAGUCAGUCCUGGUAGAGUCCCGCUUGCACAGACUGACUGACACCCAGUAAAACCCAGAUCCUAAAUAUGUAAUAGCAUGUUCAAACAAACCUGCAAUUCAGAAAUCCCCUAAACAUCAAUCACAAGUUAUUUCAGCUUGUCAGCACUUAAAUGCCACACAAAAGGGGGGAUCCCACAUGCCAGAGAACAAGCUCCAAAACUAGAUAGCAGUGAAACAGAAACCACUUCACUGGCACUCUGAUAGUGUGAAGCCUCAAGGGAUUGCACACAUAAAAGAAUGAGUAAUACAGUUUAACUUAAUGCUACCUCUUUAAAAAUCGGUCCACUCCUGAUCCCUUUGCCACCAAAAGACUAUGAUCAUCUCUUAUAUCUGAAGCAUUAGCUUUGGUCUCACACAGCAGAUUGCUCUUCACCUGGAUAUCUGAUCCAUGCGUAGGGCAGGGAGCUGGCUUAUUGCCUCCUCCUAGCUACCUUUUUUUGAUGAAUGUAGAUGUUAAUAUUGAUAUUUGUUUCAAAUUAUGUAGAGCAGCACACCAGGUCCUUGCCCUCCAAAAGCUUCCCUGCCAGGCAUCUCCUAAAAAAAAAAACUAGGAGCAGAGCUGGGAUUAGCUGGGAAAGACAAUCUCUAGCAUUAACACUAAAAAUCCUCAAUGAAGCAGGUUGGUUUUCUACCGUGCCUCCUCUUCCACAUCCCAGGAAGAUGAAUUUGAAUCCUGGCAACACUGUGGGGUCCCUACACACUGUGUCUCUGCAGAAGCUCUGGGGUAGACCAGCCAACUCAGGGAAUACCUGGGGGACAGGUGAUGGUUACAGCAUUUGUAAUAAAUAACCCAAAAAUCAGCCCCAGGUGUCAACCCUUGUGCCUAACGUGCCUGAGAAGGAGCAGCUGUAUGAGAGCACAGCUUAUUUCCAUGUGAGCAGCACAGACUGGGGCCUUGCAGAGCUGGGCUUUGUGUCUGAACAAGACGCAAAUCAAGAACACUGUGAUGUUUUUACAAGCGUCACACCCAAGUGCUCCUUAUGCCAGCGGGACCCUGGUGUCGGCCAGGUCUCCUGCCAAUGGUGCCUUGUUGAUUUGCCCCACCGAUGGCUCUGCUGAGGCGCAGCCAUGCACCCCAAAACCAGAGCCUGUCUCCUCCUGCCACGUGCCUUGACCUGUCUCAGGAGAUUUGUAGCCAUCAACUUGGAGGAGAGGACAACACAAAGGAAGAGGAGGGGGGUAUUUGUUCAAGCUAGAACCAAAUAACAGACUUUUUGUUGGUUGGGGACAUGAAGACAAGACCACAGGGGUUUUAACCAUGACGGAUGCUGGGCUAGGUGUGAGAAUUACCUGCUGGAGCCCAAUAUCAGCAGGGCAACCCAGGGCAUGGUUUUGUAUGAGACACGAGUUGCUUCCUCCUCUCCCUCCUUUUUAUUGCUAUACACUACCUUGGUAACAGAAAACACUGUUUCUUCUCUGCACGGUUCAGUACGGGCGUUGAUGUCAGAACCAGCAAAGCAUUAAUCAUGUUAUGUCAAUAUCUUGAAGGAGAUCUGUAUUUUAACAUUAUCUCGCUCUCUGUUUUAUGUACUGUGUUUGUAACGCAUAGCCAAGGUUUGCACAGGUGACUUCGUGCUGCUUGGGCACAUCACUGUAAGCGUUGCCCACCCCAGCUCUUCCAAUACACAGAUAAUUCUAUGACCUUAUAAAGACAGAAUUUCUGCUAGCUUCUGAAACAAGACUUCUAUUUAAAAAUAAAUAAAGAGAUUGUGAAAGAAA